AUGGCGAGCGUUCAGCAAGGGGAGAAGCAGCUUUUUGAGAAGUUCUGGCGAGGAACCUUUAAAGCUGUGGCCACCCCGCGUCCCGAGAGCAUCAUUGUCGCCAGUAUCACGGCCCGCAAGCCUCUGCCAAGGACAGAACCCCAGAGCAGCCCUCUGGUUCCAGCUCAGGAUGGACCCUCGGAGAAGCUGAACCAGCAUCUGGCCACUGAGGCCUUGGGCACCAACAGCUGGGAGAGAGACAAGGCCUGCCGGGAGCUCAGUCCUGCCAGAGCACGAAGUGCCUCCCGAGACAAAGACUUGACGCCACCACCUUCCUCCAGGGGGAAGAAGAAAAAGAAGAAAUCCACCCGGAAGAAGAGAAGGAGGUCCCCGUCAUAUAGUCCAUCGCCUGUCAAGAAAAAGAAGAAGAAAGGCUCCAAAAAACAUAAGCGACACAGGUCGUUCUCCAAGAAGAGAAGGCACAGCUCCUCCAGCCCAAAAAGCAGAAGGAGGGAUGAGAAGAGGCACAAAAAACAAUCACGAAGCCGGCCCCGAAAAUCUCACCGUCACCGUCAUCACCAUUAUCCUUCCCGGUCCCAGAGCUCCGAGUCCCACUCCUCAAGCUGUGAGAGCAGGCACCGCGGCAGGUCCCCCGAGGAAGGGCGGAAGUCCCGCCGAAGGCACUCCCACCGCUGCUCCAGGACCCUCGGCAAGGCCAGCCCCGAGGCCCGCUCCAGCCACCCGCCCAGCCAGCCCCUCCGGAUGCUCAGCCUCCUGUCGGCCAGGGGUGUAAUCACUGGGUCGGGGUCUGCAGCUGACCUCUUUACCAAAACAGCCAGCCCGCUCACCACCUCCAGAGGACGCUCCCAGGAGUAUGACUCAGGCAAUGACACCUCUUCACCACCCUCCACGCAAAUCAGCUCAGCCAGGUCGCGGGGCCAAGAGAAGGGGAGCCCCAGUGAGGGCCUCACCAAAAGCCGGGAGCUCAACUGUGGCAACACCUCUGAUUCAGGGAACUCCUUCACCACCUCCUCACCCCAGAACAAGGGGGCCGCUUUGGAGAAUCUCUCCCCCACCAGCAGGGGCAGAGAGUCAAGAGGAUUUCGGUCGCCAUGUCUGGAAUGCGCAGAAGUGAAGAAGUCCAGUUUGGUCCCAUCCACAGCCCGGAGCUCCCCCAUGAGAGGGUGCUCCCGCAGCCCCUCCUAUGCCAGCACCCGUUCUUCCAGCCACUCCUCCCGAUCCCCAAACCCCAGGGCUUCCCCCAGGUACACCCGAAGCCGAUCCACCUCCUCUGGAAAAAGGUCCUACUCGCGCUCUUCCAGCUAUUCCUCCAAGUCGGGCAAGAGGAGCCCACCCAGCAGAAGCUCCCGAUCGCGCCGCAGCCCCAGCUACUCGCGUUACAGCCCUAACAGGGAGCGGGACCCCAAGUACAAUGAGAAGGACUCCCAGCAGCGGGAGCGCGAGCGAGCGCGUCGGAGACGGCGGUCCUACUCGCCCAUGCGGAAGCGCCGGAGAGACUCCCCGAGCCACCUGGAGGCGCGGAGGAUAACCAGUGCCCGGAAACGCCCCAUCCCCUACUACCGGCCCAGCCCCUCCUCAUCCGGCAGCCUCAGCAGCGCCUCCUCCUGGUACAGCAGCAGCAGCCGCUCGGCCAGCCGCAGCUCUUCCCGCAGCCGCAGUUAUUCCCGCAGCCGCAGCCGCAGCCGCAGCCGCAGCCGCAGCCGGACCCGCACGAGCAGUGGCUCCAGCUCGCGCAGCCCCAGCCUGGGCUCCCGGAGCCGGAGCCGGAGCCGGAGCUACAGCUCAGCAGACAGCUACUCCAGCACGAGGCGCUAAGCAAGGGCCCUCCCUUGAGCCGGCUGCCUGCAGCGGGGCCCCUUUCACUCUGCCAGCCUCUCCCCCUUCCCUGCCCACCCUGCCUUCUCCUUGGGGACGGACCUUGCGGGCUCCUGGACCCUGUCCUUCCUGCUCUCCUGGGGAGGAGGAAAAGAGGGUACGGGGCCUUCAGCCUCUAUGUCAAGCCGCUAGGAGCCUCCACCAGCACCACCCCCGGGGCUCAACUCGGGCCUGGGCGGAUGGAGAGAACCACCCUCUGUUGGCACAAAAAACCUCAAGGUUCUGUAAGAAGCAAUGGGUCCGUGACUCCAACGCUUGGGCCUAGCCAGGAAAACAGAGUUCUGCUCACCCACUGCUCCUGGGAUGCCUAUGGAGGCACCUGCCCUCAUUCUCCCCUCAUUCAGCCUCCUGAGCGGGUGUGUGAACCCUCGUGGGAUGGGAGGUGAUGAGAGGAAACCAAGGGCAGUUAGGCCCAGGAGAGGGGGUCAGGCCUUUCACACACGCACGCACGCACACACACGCACACGCACGCACACACACGCGCACGCACGCACACACCCCACGAAACAGGCCGGAGCAGAAGUAGAAGGCAAUCAGAGGGGGGAGAGAAGGGAUCUGAGUAGGGAUCACGGAGGUUUCAGUGGGGAGGAAGUGUCAGGAGAGAGGAAAGGGGUUCUCUGGUUGUGAGCAUAGACGCAAAAGGGCAGGGGUCAUUCUGCAGCAC